CAUGUGGGAAAUUCUAGGGAGCUGUCGGAAGGUGCCGAGGGUACAAUGGCUGGCGGGAUUAUUCUAUAUAUUCUGGAUGACUCAAAUCCAAUCUAUUUCAGGAGACACAUCUUCGCAUUUACAGGGGAAAUGGUGUUCAUAUACUGUGACGAAAAGGGUCAGCUGCAAAGUACCGUUUGGUAGAGAGUCCUACACGUACAGGGGGUCACAAAGGUGCAUGUUUUGGCCAUAUGAUUUCAGUUGCUUUGGAUCAAAAGUUGGGUACAGACCAAAAUACCGCACUACCUACAAAAUCCAGCGGGAUUCCGCUUGGCAAUGUUGUCCCGAAUGGGCAGGAAGAAGCUGUGAUAUAUUCACUGGUGAUGAGAGCGAAAAGCCCAGGAAUCAAUUUAAUGCUGGUGGGAGAGUUGAUGACCCACCGUUGAGGGCUGAAGCUGUUGGCGGUAGCUCCGUAGAAAUGCUCAAAAGUAAAGAAAAAUUAAGGACAGAUUCUGCAUCUUAUCCAAAACCUGUUGUGAUAAGACCUGGACCUCCUCUAAUACCAGGAAAAACAUACAUACGAACUGGCCCCAAUGGCGCAUAUAAGCCACAUGAUGGUGUUGUCACUAACAAUAAAAUUAAUCUGCUCCAGAAAGGAUCGGUAUAUCAAAGCAUUAGACCAGGCCCUGCUUUGAAACCCCAUGUGCCGCAUUAUAUCAGAAAAGGCAGUCCAUAUAACAGUAAUCUAAAUAGAGGCGACCCAUACAAUAGUGAUCUAAGUAAAGGUGGUCCAUACAAUAGAGAUCUUAGUAGUGGCGGCCCCUACAAUAGUAAUCUGAAUAAAGGCGGUCCAUACAAUAGAGAUUUUAGUAAUGGCGGCCCUUACAAUAGCGAUCUGAAUAAAGGUGGUCCAUACAAUAGAGAUCUCAAUAAUGGCGGUCCCUACAAUAAUAAUCUGAGUAAAGGUGGCCCAUACAAUAGAGAUCCUAGUAAUGGCGGUCCAUACAAUAACAAUCUGAGUAAAGGCGGCCCAUACAAUCCCACGUCUGGUGACAGAGCCCCGUUAGAACGAACUCUAAGAUAUGCUGACAUACCAGUCACCACACCAGGCUUAGGCAGUCGUAUCUCUGAGAAUGGGCCUGACAAUCCUGGAUAUGCAGCUCAGGGUGCAAAUAAGGUGUUUCUCAGAAUAGGAGAUCCCAACAACCCCGAAGAGAGUUGUUCGUGUCCCCCUGGUCCCCGAGGUCCACCUGGGCUGCCGGGACCUCCAGGCAAUAUUCAACGUGAAACAAUACCAGUCAUCGGCCCAAGAGGUGAGCAGGGAGAAAGGGGGCCAGAAGGGGAGAUAGGAUUACCUGGUCCACCGGGUAUCAGAGGACAGUCAGGUCUACCAGGAGCACCUGGAUUUGCAGGUCCACCUGGACUUCCUGGUCCACCAGGGAAACGUGGUCCACAGGGGUUCCCCGGUGAUAUUGGUCCUCCUGGUCCGCCAGGGGAACCUGGUCCUGGUUUUGGUACUGGUGUAGACUCAAGUGCAGAUGGACGCGACGGAGAUGAUGGAUACGACGGAGAACAUGGUGGGCACGGGGGGCAUGGGGGUCAUGGCCAACAUGGUGUCCAUGGCUACCCAGGAGAACCAGGUGCACCAGGAGUACCUGGGGUACCUGGACGUGCAGGAGACCCAGGACGACGUGGGCCUCCAGGGGAACCUGGAAGAUCAGUAUCCCGUGAAGAACUUGUUGAUCUUAUAGAAUCCCUGACCAUUCCAGGACCACCUGGACCUCCGGGUGAACCUGGGGAACGAGGAGAGCGUGGAGAUACAGGACUUCAAGGUCAAGAUGGCCAUAGGGGACCGGAAGGGCCACCUGGACCACCAGGACCCCCUGGUCAAUCAGAUGAUGAUGAGGAGUUUGGCUUAAGAGGCCCACCAGGUCCAGGGGGUCCACGGGGUCUGACAGGUAAACAAGGACCAAGAGGUCCAAGGGGGCCAAGAGGUUUUCAUGGAAAGAAGGGAGAUCCGGGAGAUCCCGGAGAUCCUGGUGAAAUAGGUAAUCCUGGAAAAUAUGGACAUCCAGGCACUCCUGGUCGACCAGGCCAGCCAGGAAAUCCAGGGACGCCAGGUCGUCCUGGUUACCAAUGGCCAAAUCAGGGUGGCAAUAACGCAGAAGUUGAAGCAAGCAACAAGGUUCAGAGUGAACUUGACAGUCUCAAACUGGAGAUGGAAGCAUUCAAGAUGGUAACAGUGCAGGAGCUAGAAAGAAUGAAAUCAAAACUUCGAGAGCUAGAGAACUACGUGUUACAUAUAAAAGAGGAUGGUGUCCUGAGUGACUUGAACGAAGAUUACAUGGGUCGCUAUCCUUUAUUGAAAGAUAGUGAACUUGGUAACGCCGAAGCUGUACCUGCUCGAUAAGCAAAUGAGUGAUGGACGAGAGACAGUCAUAUUGUGCAAUCUCAAUAUUUGUAUAUCUGUAUAUUGUAUAUUCUAUAGCCCCCCCCGGGCCUCGUGAUGAUGAUGAUAAACUUUGUUUUGUCGUGAUCAUAAUAGUGAUUUUUGUAUAGUAAGAUUAUUUUAAUAAAAGGCAAUUUGCCAUUCAAACUA